AUGGGUUCACUCGUGGAACUUAUGGCAGAUCUUGCGCCCAUAGUUAGCAAUUCCACCUUAGAUUCAGCUCUGAUUGACCAACUUGAAGCAGAUCUUGGAACUUUACCAUCACAAUAUAUCGACCUCCUAAAGAGUGCUAACGGACAGGAUAUCACUUUUGGCAAUUUCAUCCAUUUCAAGGGAUUACAGCCUUCUUGCUGGGCGAGUAAUUAUUAUGACGCCUUUGAUGAGUUUUAUGGACUACUGUCUUUGAGACACGAAAUAGAAGUAUGUAAGGAGGACUUGGGAACUCAAUGGAUCCCAAUAGGAGGGUCUACUGGAGGAAACCACAUCUGUCUUUGUGUAAAAGGGCCGAUGACCGGCCAACUCUGGUUCUGGGAUCACGAGCAAACUCCCGAUUUCGAUGUGCAUAAAGUUGAAUCUGGAAUGUAUUUGGCAGCAGACACAUUGCUCGAUUUUGUUCAGAAAUUGGAGGUUAAUGCAAUUGAAAAUGAAAACGUGAGAGGUGUUCUUAGUUGUGAACUUGAUUUUUAG